AUGCUCGCCGACAUCGCCCGCGUCCGCGACAAGCUGACCCUGUACGUCGGCUCCGACGUCUUCCCGCCCACGACCCUCCUCUUCACAGACUGGCGCGACGUGGAUCCCUACGCCGCGGAGUUCGGGUUCGGCAGCCCCACUGGGUUCCGAUGUCCCUGGGAUUCUGUCACGGGCGGGCUCGUGGUGAUUUACCUGCCGCGUCCUUGUGGCGUGAGCGGGGAUGACGAGGGCAACGAGAUCUCCUUGGCGAUUGAGAAGGAGCUUGUGUGGGAUUUCCUUGCGGAUCCCGAGUGGAAUCGCGUUUUCGAGUUUCAAGGAGUCGAGGUCGAGGACGUGGGUGUCGCUGCCGAACCACAUGAGGGCGACGGGUAG